AUGUGCGCCCCGCAACAGACUAAGCUCGAUGUUCGACUCCAGUACACAAGCGAGCAUGUGCAUGAAGUGAGUGUACGGUUACGUCGUGGGGAAAAUGGUGCAGAGGGGGUGUUCGAGUGGGAGUGGUGGCGAGAUGCGGCGAUGGGGCGCAUGGAGGGCCUAAAGCGAUGGCAAGAGAAUCACGAAAUGGAAGCAGUGGAAUUCCGUACGUCUAGACUCCCAAUAGACUCUGGUUUGCGGAUUGUGGAUUCAGCGGUAAGGGAGAGUGGGCAUGAGUUUGUGACGUGGGCGGGAUGGGAACCGUUCCGAACGAAACAUUGCAAACUUGAAGUUGAGAGUGAGAAACUGCUGGUGGAGUUUGCCGUGACACGGCAGCCUGAGUCCCUUGUUGCGAAAAAUAAGAAAAUAACUUACAGUGUCAACCGUAUGGUGGGAAGGAGACGCUCUGUCGGGUAUGCAGAAGCAAAGCGUGAGUCGAUCCGUGAUGGGUGUCUCAUUGUGAGAGAAGCACUUAUAGAAGGCACGAGGGUUGUGGAAAGUGGCACGGCGCUGUCGAACCAGACUGAAGACACCAAGGACGUGAUUCGUAAGGCCGAGAAUCUGAUUGGCGGAGGACAUGAAAAUUUCGGGCGGGCCAUUUUUCUGCUCAAGGUAGCGGCACUGGAGAGGAAUGACAUUGGCGCUCUGUGCACAUGUGUGGAGCUUUUGAGGAAAGGGGGGCCGACAGGGAUGCAUGCGCGGAGGACAUCGAACUUGAGAGAAGCGGCGCAAAUGAUCAAAGCGUUCUUUCAUGCUAAGUUGCAUACAAGCUUGACAUCUACGUCAACACGCGGUGACGAUGGGUUUGAGAAGUUGUUUGAUUUGUUUGCGAAGCUAGUGAUGGAGCAGAGUUGUGAUGGAGUGAUCGUGGAUUUGUUCGUACAUGCGCUCGAAACUGCGAUUGAGUUUGACGUGGCCGGAAACCGUCGAAAAUUUCAUGCAUGGAUACGAAAAGCGAUUGUGUGUUCCCGGAAAUGGAAUCAGUUGGACAAGCUUGCCAAUUUUUCGAACUUGGGGGUUGGAAAUGGAAAUGGCGGGGAUGUGAAGUCGAGGGAGGCAAAAGGUGAUGGUGCUGGAAAGGAGGCCUUUUUCUCCGAAGGAAAGGUGACCGAGUGUGACGACAUGACGUAUGAUCUUGUUGGCAAGGCUUUACUGGAACGCAUGAUAAGCGAAUACGCGACGUUGUCUUCAAGAGAAGGAAUUUGGAUUGUGCUGGGUACUGCCGGACAGGGGGCUCCUCGGUGUGCGAGAGAGAGACAAUAUGCGGGAAGUCAGGAUGAGAAUUCAAGCGCAAACGCCAUGAAUAGGCUUGGAAAUAUUUUCUCGCUAGGGGCACGAGGGGUGGGUCGUGACGCUCCACAAGCCGAACUUCUAUACGAGACUGCGAUCGAAGAGAAUGAAAACUGUACGGCGAUGGUGAACCUGGGUGUUUUGGUGCAACAAGGUGCCGAAGGAGUAGAGCGUGACGCAGUGCGAUCUAUGGAGCUGUAUGAGCGCGCUAUCGAGAAGGGUGAGCACGUCGAUGCGAUGAAUAACCUCGGUUUUUUGCUCUCAGAAGGUGCCGAAGGAGUAGAGCGUGAUGCAGUGCGAUGUAUGGAGCUGUAUGAGCGCGCUAUCGAGAAGGGUGAGCACGUCGGUGCGAUGUAUAACCUGGGUCUUUUGCUGCAACAAGGUGGGGAAGGAGUAGAGCGUGACGCAGUGCGAUCUAUGGAGCUGUAUGAGCGCGCUAUCGAGAAGGGUGAGCACGUCGGUGCGAUGUAUAACCUGGGUGUUUUGCUGCAACAAGGUGGGGAAGGAGUAGAGCGUGACGCAGUGCGAUCUAUGGAGCUGUAUGAGCGCGCUAUCGAGAAGAGUGACCACGUCGGUGCGAUGUAUAACCUGGGUGUUUUGCUGCAACAAGGUGGGGAAGGAGUAGAGCGUGACGCAGUGCGAUCUAUGGAGCUGUAUGAGCGCGCUAUCGAGAAGGGUGAGCACGUCGAUGCGAUGUAUAAUCUCGCUCUUUUGCUCUCAGAAGGUGCCGGAGUAGAGCGUGACGCAGUGCGAUCUAUGGAGCUGUAUGAGCGCGCUAUCGAGGAGGGUGAGCACGUCGGUGCGAUGAAUAACCUGGGUCUUUUGCUGCAGCAAGGUGCCGAAGGAGUAGAGCGUGACGCAGUGCGAUCUAUGGAGCUGUAUGAGCGCGCUGUCGAGAAGGGUGACGACGUCGAUGCAAUGGUGAACCUGGGUGUUUUGCUCAAAGAAGGUGCCGAAGGAGUAGAGCGUAACGCGGUGCGCGCCGUGGCACUGUAUGAUCGUGCAAUGGCGAAAGGAAAUUCCGGUAACGCGACUUGCAAUCUUGCGAUGACGUUAUGGGACGGGGCGGAAGGGGUGGAGCGCAAUGCAGUGCGUGCGGUGCAGCUGUUUGAGAUGGACAUCAAGGAACGGAAGCAGAGCGAGUCAAUGGUGUGUCUUGGAAACAUGUUGCGGGACGGGGCGGACGGGGUGGCCCGCGACACGGAUCGGGCGAUACAGUUGUACGAGAUGGCGGUCGAGGAAGACAAGAACGCGGAGGCGGUAGCCCAACUUGCGGCGUUGCAGCGGGACAGAUCAGACAGCAGUACGCGGGACGAGGGUGAGUGAGAAGUUCUCACUCACCCUCGCCGCCUUCUCUCUGAGGAAGGCGGGGGCGGGGUGGAAGGCGAUGGCAGUGGCGCGGACAGCGUAAUGUAACAUAUUUUUGGAUAUAUUAUUAUUGUAUAGGACAACAGUAACACGUGUACAGUAGUGCAUUCGUCAUCGCCGCGAGGGCCUUCUCCUUCAGCCAGGGAGGAAGACAGGGAUAAAGGAGGACGGAGAGGGACGGCAGAGUUGCGGGCGAGUCUCCGACACCUGUAGCCACCGUCAACUCGGAGUUAAUCGAAAACACUCAUCUGUACUCUAACGGUACUCCGUUUCCAUUAAAGGCAAAGUAGCCGACUUUCCUGGC